AUGGCCGCUAUCGGAGCAGUUGCAACCCUCGGCACCGCCAUUGGCAACGUCGGCACCUUCUUGGGACUUGUUGCCUCGGGUAUCAGCAUCAUGCAGGCGAUCAACCAGAAGCCCAAGGAAGUUGACUUCUACACCCUUCGCAUGGAGAUCGGUGACAACCAGGACGCUUCUGGCAACCCCCCGACCGUCAUCUUCUCCGACUUCUCCAACACCGAAUUUGUUGGUGUCUUCGAGGGUAACAGCGACGAGUCCAAGGACCAGUGCCGCAACCUGGGCGGUCUUGACUUGUACAAGGGACUCAAGAACGCCGAAGCGCCCAUCAAGUCGUUCUCCACCAACAACGGUUUCAACCUCAAGUCUCUUGACAUCCAGCCUGGCGGCAACGCCAUCUGCGUCUCCAACAUCAUCCUCAAGGGCAGCGACACCCAGGCUAGACGUGAUGAGGUCUUCAUUCCCAUCGGCGACUUGGGCUUCCAGUGCGGUCACGAGUGGAACUGGGGUGCCAUCCUGAACGGUGUCCGCCAGCGCUGCAUCUGGCUCGACGGCCAGCCUGACGGCACCAACAAGCCCAUCCAGUCCCUUCACCUCGACAUGGAGAACCUCGCUGGCAUUUUCAACAAGGGCAAGAACGACACUUUGGCCAAGACCACCUUCGAGCAGGCUUGCGGCUUCAUCAGUGACAACGUCGGCAAGAUCACCAACCGCAACGAAUGCAAGGAGUCCUACACCAAGCGCUCUACCUCCGGCAAGAACGAGACCAUCGACACUGUUCCCUGCGUCGAGGAGGCUGCGGACUUCUUCUCCGGAAAGACCGAUGCCCUGUCCAAGUAUGCCGGCGCUCCUUUCAUCACCUCCGACAACAAGCUCUGGGACUCCGCCAAGGGCGCCUUCACCGACGUCACUCCCAAGACCGCCAGCAAGCGCUCCGGACUCCAGGCUCGCCGCAACUCCAUCGAGGGUUUCAAGGUCGCUGAGAAGAGAGGCAUUGCUUCCACUCUCAAGGGCGAGCGCUGCGAGUACGCUGCUGACGGCGAUGCCCCCAAGUGCCAGGUCGUGAAGGAGUUCUCUGUUGGUGCUUGA